CGCCUCCGGCUGCCGGCGCGUCACGUGACGGGCUGGGUGCCGGCCGUUGCUGUCAGCUGACUGCCUCGCUGGUGGCGGCGGCGGCCGCGGCCAUGGACUUCCUCCUGGGAAACCCGUUCAGCUCUCCGGUGGGACAGCGCAUCGAGAAAGCUACCGACGGCUCCCUGCAGAGCGAGGACUGGGCCCUCAACAUGGAGAUCUGCGACAUCAUCAACGAGACGGAGGAGGGCCCCAAGGAUGCCUUCCGGGCCUUGAAGAAGAGAAUGGCAGGGAACAAGAACUUCCACGAGGUGAUGCUGGCCCUGACGGUCCUGGAAACCUGUGUCAAGAACUGUGGACACCGCUUCCAUGUGCUGGUGGCCAGCCAGGACUUCGUAGAGGGUGUGCUAGUGCGUACCAUCCUGCCUAGGAACAACCCACCCACUGUCGUGCAUGACAAGGUGCUGAGCCUCAUCCAGUCCUGGGCUGACGCAUUCCGCAGCUCGCCUGACCUGACGGGCGUGGUGGCCGUCUACGAGGACCUACGGAGGAAGGGCCUAGAGUUCCCCAUGACAGACCUGGACAUGCUGUCACCCAUCCACACACCCCAGAGGACUGUGUUCACUCCAGAGGCCCCAGCAGGACAGAACUUUCAGGAUUCUGAAGCCAGACGGCAAGGAGACCUGAGCCAGUGCCCUGCUCCUGUGCCUGCCCCUGCCAUGCUGCCCAAUGAUGCGCCCAUCACACCAACUCCUGAGCAGAUGGGGAAGCUGCGCAGUGAGCUGGAGCUGGUGAGUGGGAAUGUACGAGUCAUGUCGGAGAUGCUGACCGAGCUGGCCCCUGCCCAGGCGGAGCCUGCUGACCUGGAGCUACUGCAGGAGCUGCACCGGACGUGCCGCGCCAUGCAGCAGCGGGUCCUGGAGCUCAUCCCAUGCAUCUCCAGUGAGCAGCUAACGGAGGAGCUGCUCAUGGUCAACGAUAACCUCAACAAUGUGUUCCUGCGCCAUGAGAGGUUUGAACGGUUCCGGACAGGCCAGACCACCAAGGCCCCCAGGGAGCCGGACCCUGCAGCUGACCUGAUCAGCAUGGGCGCUGACCCCACAGCCGCCAGCAGCCUGGAGUCCCAGCUGGCUGGAAUGAAUGUGGGCUCCAGCAGUGUGCGGGCUGGAUUGCAGUCCCUGGAGGCUUCAGCACAACUAGAAGACGAGUUUGACAUGUUUGCGCUGACACGGGGAAGCUCUCUGGCAGACCAGAGGAAAGAGGUCAAAUAUGAAGCCCCACAGGCAACCGACGGGCUGGCUGGGGCCCUGGACGCCCGGCAGCAAAGCACUGGAGCAAUUCCCACCACCCAGGCCAGCCUCAUGGAGGAUGUCGAGCAGUGGCUGUCCACAGACGUGGGGAACAACACAGAGGAGCGCACGGGAGGCGUCACCAGCGAAGAGUUUGACAAGUUCCUGGAAGAACGGGCCAGAGCAGCCGACCGGUUGCCGACUGUCACUGGCCCCCUGGCUGCUGGGCCCCCGGCAGGCAUGGCACCCAGCAAGAAGGCCCAGGGGGAAGAAGACCAGCUGUUUGCCCUGUGAGCUGGUUUGGCUGCUCUGGGCAGCUACUCUGGGAGUUUGGGGUGUGCCCAGCGCUCCUGUGGGACCCGAUGGCUGUGUUGAGAACUGGAGGCUGCAGGAGGCCUCCCUUCCCUGGGCGGGCCUGGGUCCCAAGGGCUAGUGUCCAGGUACGGAAGCGGCGCACGGAGCUGAAGCAGCCAGGCCGCGCCUGCCACCGCCUCUCCCCUCUCCUGGUGGGUCCACCCGCCCAUGGUGUUAGAGCCUCUUACACAGGGACAGGUGCCUUUUAUACCCAAAAUAAAGGUAGCCGUCAGCCAA